AUAAUUUAAGUAGAUUGACGUGAUAUAUAAAUAAUUGGGCGUUUUCUAAAAUAAAUAUUGAAGACCUGAUUCUCACAGGUUCUGGUGUUUUUUGGGUUCUUUCAACUCAGAAUAACUAGCAUAUCCAAUCCUGAUGCAAAAAAGUCCCAAAAAUUUGUAUAAAAAUUCUAGUUUCCACUAUGUCACGCACAUCCAAAUGAAAUUUACUUCAAACUAAAACGUGACGUAAUAGAAUGGACAUUUUGGAACAACUUUUUUGAAUGAUAGAAUGGAGAAUGCUAUCGAUUCUGAGUAGAAUGAGCGCAAGAAUGCCCAGAUUUGUAAGAGUCAGCUUUUCAAUAUUUAUUUUAGAAACGGCCAAUUAUCGUGACGACCGGUUUGGCCUAGUGGGUAGUGAUCCUGCCUACGAAGCUGAUGGUCCCGGGUUCAAAUCCUGGUAAGGGCAUUUAUUUGUGUGAUGAGCAUGGAUAUUUGUUCCUGAGUCAUGGGUGUUUUCUAUGUAUUUAAGUAUUUAUAUAUUAUAUUUAUCGUUGCCUAAGUACCCGCAACACAAGCCUUAUUGAGCUUACCGUGGGACUUAGUCAAUUUGUGUAAUAAUGUCCUAUAAUAUUUAUUGAUUAUUGUUUAUUAUUAUUAUCUCUUGGCUGAGCUAGGAAAAUACCGUUAAAAUAUUAAGCGAUUUUACGAAGUAUGAGUACUUUAAAAUUUGGUACAUACUGACAUCAUUCGCUACCUUGCAUUUGAAGUGCCACACACAAGGCUAAAGAUAUCAUUGUAUACUACGAGUAUCAUAAAAGCAAUCAAUUCUUUAGUAACCAUUCUACGAGUACAACAUUAAAAAUUCCAUUAAAGUUAUACGAGUCAUCGACGACUAUGGGUGACUAGUGUCGUUUUAAGUUACCUCUAAGAUCGAUGUGUUUAAUUGCAUAUUGACAAAUGAUAAAUAAAUUGAAGUGAAUUUAUGAUCUCAUGUUGAAAUCUUAUUCGAGUGGCAUGUAAGUCCAAAUGUUCAAAUUCGGAGGAUGGAAAGCAUCGCUAAAUCUCAGUGGCGUUAGUCGCCGUCGGGAGGUGUACGACAAUGGGCCAGACUUGUCAACGGGAGGGGCCUACCGGUCGCAUCGAGAAGAGUUCUUUGGACGCAACAGUACCACUGAACCACCAAAAAAACUGACGCCAUCUAUGGUUAAGCUUCCUCCAAGUAAUGAAACGUUAAAAACAUCAAAAAGUGCCAGCGACUUAAAAGACACUUAUAAUCUACCUCCACAGCUUAGAAAAAGUACACCAGAUGUCUCCACUGAUCCUAGAGGCGGACCUUCAAAUAACAGAGACUCUUCAGUUUUAUAUAAGAACGCCAAAAAGAACAAAAAAGAUGAUAAAAAAGAUAAAGAAAAUAAGAGAGCAGAAAAACAGCGGCUAGCAGAAGAAAAGAAGAAAGCUCAGGAACAAGCGAAGCAGGACAAACUAAGAAUACAAAGAGAUAAAAAGAUAGCUGAACAGCAAGCGAAAGAUGUUAAAGCAAGGAAAAAAGAAAGUAAAAAAGCUUUGCCGCAAGCGAGCGUGGCGAAGUCUUUAGUACCAAAGGAACCUCAGAAGAAUCCUCUAGGAAGGGUGGCGACUAACACUCUAGAAAGUUCUAUUAGUCGCAGCAGCGGACCUCCACCUUACACAGAGCAAACUCCACAAGAGAAACAGCUGAAUAAAAAUGAUUCUACAGGCAAUACCAGCUUUGGCAAGCCGAUAGAAAAUAGUAGUUGGGAUUUGAUAUCGGAGCAUCGGAAUCAGAUGAACAGGAAUCCUGUCGCUGGUGGAUCCAGACAGAAGCAGAUGGUGCUGGAUCUGCAGCUAAGUUUUGAUAAAGCGCAAGCAAAUGAUAGAAAUAAUAGUGAUGUUUGAUCAAUAUUGUAAUAUUAAAGAUUUUUAUAAGUUGU